AUGCAAAGUUUGUCACGUUUGGUAUCUCGUUUAAGUGUGCGUAGAAAACGACGUGAGUCGUCGCCAGCCGUACAAGAGACACGAGAAUGUCAACAUGAUAGUGACCCUACUCCACCGAUCCCUCAGCAAAGUCAUCGAUACUCUGCGCCACCCCAACCAACAGCAGCAAUAGCAACAACAACAAGGAAAACGGAUGAUCCAGCCAUAAUGGCAGAUGAGCAGCAGCCUAUUGCUGCAGCUGAAGUAUCCUCACCUUCGUCAACUGUGAAUGACAAUCAACCAUGUGCAGCGCCUCAAGUUAAUAUAGAUAGUCUUGAGUUUUCGGCUUCGAGGGAUUUAGCACAAAGCCUUGGCAAUGAGUGGAAUGAAACGAGUGAGCAAAGUAGUGAAUUGAUAAGGUUUCCCGCCUUGGAGCACUUUUUGACACCUUGUUCAUCAUCACCACCAUCACCAUCACCACCUCCUUGUUCAAGUCAACAAACAACUUGUCCUUCUUCUCAGCCCCUAUCCAAGCCAUCCCAUCGCCAAGUUACCAAGAAGCCUACAAGAAGUCGACUCUCCUUACAUAGGCACAAGUCUGCAGUGCAGUUGCUCAAGCGUUCUAAAUCCAUUCCCCAAAUGGUUGCUUAA